UAUUUUGGUACCGGCAAAGGAGGUCUAAUGAUGUCACAAUAAAUCAAUAAAAACGCUUUACUACACUGGCGGUGUGAUUCAUGCAACUGUUGUGCGAUUCAGAAUGGACUUUGUUGUUUGUGAUUAGCUCAUGGAAACCCUGCAGCCCGUGCAGAUUGGAAAGGCUGCACAAGGGUAAAACAGAAAAAAGGAUUAAAUCAUCAAAUCACGAAUUGUGACGAUCGAUUGAAUCUUGCAGGGGUUAAUCCUUACAUCCCUUGACAACCAGAAAUUAACACAUUAAAAGGAAUGUCACGGAUGAACUUUGGACAUUAAUGGAAUUCUGUUGAAGGGUGUUUUAAACUCGAUUGAGCAUGUUUUUGCCGAUAAUGGUGUGCACUGAUCGUUAAAAAAAGUUAAUUCACUGCAUGAGAGGCACGAUCAGAAUAGUUUGAGAAUUGUAUAAGAUUUGGUAAUUCUUAAAUGCAGCAGAAAGUGGGCCUGACAUUCUCCUCUAGAAUCGUCUGAUUCCAUGGUUGUGUCAAUGAUGGCGAGCCAUCCAGGGCCUCUAGCAGCAGAGCAGCCCCAAACCUUCACAAUUUCUAACCACCAUUCUUGACGGUUGGGAUGAGGUUCUUCUGUUCAAAAGCAGCGUUUGGUUUUCGCUAAGCAUUACACUUCUCAUAGAGGCCAAAAAUUUCUACCUUUGACUCGUCUGUCCAGAGAACAUUGUUCCAGAAGUUUUGUGGAUCAUCUAUUUGUGCUCUAUGGCAAACUUCAGACGGGCAGCAAACUUUUUGGGGAGCAGUGGUUUCCUCCUUGCUAUCUGCCCAAGAAUGCCAUUCUUGUUCAGUUUUUUUCUGAUAUUUGAGUCAUGAAUACUCACAUUAGCCAAGGCGAGAGUGGCCUGCAGAUACUUGGAUGUUUUUUUGGGGUUUUUUGUGACUUCCUUUAGGUUUUUCCGGGUUAUUCUUUGGAGAGAUUUUGGUCAGACGACCGCUCCUGGGAAAAGUGACAAUGGUCUUUAACUUUCUACAUUUGUAGAUUGUGUCUGACAGUGGAUUGGUGAAGCCCCAAAUCUUUGUAAUUUUUUUCGUAACCCUUUCCAGCCUGAUGAGCAUCAGAAACUAUUUUUCUGAGAUCCUCAGAGAUUUAUUUUGAUCAUGGUAUCACUUGUUUCCACAUACACCUGUACGGUGAAGAUCAAACUCACAGUUUCUGAUCUUUAUACAGGAUGGGGCCUCCCAAACUCAUCGCUGAAGAUCUCCCUUAUUAUUUAAACACCUGAUUCAAAUUAUUCCAUUAAUUUAGCAAAUGAAACCAGGGGUUCACUUUUCACAUACCCUGAACCGUAAUUACUCUGUUUAAUUCAUACUUAAUGUUGCUUCAAAAGACAUGGAAUUGUUUAAUAUUAGCCCUAUUGGAUAUUUAAUAAAAGACCGUUUUUUUAAUUCAAGAAGGCUAUCAUGAGUAAGGCUAUCAUGGUAGAACUAUGGAAUUUCCAUAAUCAUUGGGGUUCGCAAACUUUUUCUCGCCACUGUACCUCAUUCUCAGCAAACUGUUGACUGCCUCUUGUGCAUGUACACAGGUACUCUAGCGUUCAGCUUGUCAAAUGACUCUUGGGUGCUUUGACUUGGUACCAGUACUGCAAUCACUAACUUCAAGGGAAAGUGCUUGAUUUUAGCAUUUGCAAAUGACUUUGGUGUGUUGGUGUUGACAAGGCGGCAGUUUCAUAUCGCCGCCGCUGCAUGGCUGAACGAUAGCUUCAGUUAUCGCGGGCUUUAAACGUCUUCCGAGAUUAAAUAAUGAAAUAAAUGUGCAAAUACCCUGCCGCCACUCUCGGCCCCUCUCUCUGCGCGCCAAUUGACUCUGUGUGUUGUGUCUCGAGGGGGUUCGCUGUCGGCAGCUUCUAAUAGUCAAAAAGCGGACGGAGAUGGACAAACGCACGAGCCACCGAAAAUAAUCCUGGGGCACCGCGAGUUGGAGUAAGCUCUCGGACCCCCCCCCCCCCCUCGCUGUGUAAAAUUAGCCCCUCUUUAUAUGGGGCGCCCGCUCUGGGCCUCGCAGCCCUGGGCACAGCGCCACUUUUGAUGGUUGGGGCCCGGCCCUUUACCGGCUAGCGCCGUGGACGAUCGCGUCCCCGUAACGUUCCUGGGAUCGGAACACGGUGUAAGAGCGGUGAGGGCCGGGGAGAGCUCAGGUGACGUGAGGAGCAGACAGAGAGAGAGCGAAGAGAGAGGGAGAGGGAGGGAGGGCGUUCCUUGAGACGAGAACUUCUCUGCCUUGUGCCACCGGGGAGUGGGUUUGAGCCAGGGGUGAAACCUCAGCGGGCUGAGGGGUAUUUUUAAAGAUCGGUAUCUGCCUGCGCGACGUUCUACCUUGCAAUGCUGCGGCCACUCUCAAAAGGGUGAAUGCCGUGCAGCACAAGGCACAGAGUACGGUGAAGUAGAAUACGUACACAUUUUUAAAACGGCACCGCGAUAAACCCAGAGAUGCCGUACAUUUUCAACACGCGGGUGCUGCCUCAGCCGAGGCCCGCUCCGAGCCCGACGCCCGGCCACCCGUUCAUGCACGGCUCCUCGGGGAACUACCGCAACACCGCCAUCAGCAACCGCAACGCGUACCUCAUCGACACACAGGGCAAGAGCUUCGAGGAGCUGCGCACCUUGUGCCUCAGCCACGACGUGCUCUUCGAGGACCCAGACUUCCCCGCCCACAACAACUCCAUCUACUUCAGCCAGAACGCACCGAUGCAGUUCCAGUGGAUGCGUCCCAAGGACAUUUGUGAAAACCCGCAGUUCAUCAUUAAUGGGGCGACGCGCACAGACAUACGGCAGGGAGACCUCGGUGACUGCUGGGUCCUGGCCGCCAUCGCUUGCAUGACCAUGAACGAGGAGCUGCUGGCUCGCGUCAUCCCGGCAGGACAGAGCUUCGAGGAGAACUACGCCGGCAUCUUCCACUUCCAGUUCUGGCGUUUUGGCGAGUGGGUGGAUGUGGUGGUGGACGAUCGACUGCCCACUUUCAACAACCAACUGGUGUUUGUGCAGUCGGCCGAGCGGAAUGAGUUCUGGAGCGCCCUGCUCGAGAAGGCCUAUGCCAAGGUCCAUGGCUCUUACGAGGCUCUGAAAGGAGGGAACACGACCGAGGCCAUGGAGGACUUCACGGGCGGUGUGACGGAGUACUUUGAGAUGAAAAAUCCUCCGAAGGAUCUCUAUAAGAUCAUGGUGAAGGCAACGUCCCGCCGCUCACUCAUGGGCUGCUCCAUCGAUGAUGGGAUGUGCUGGCGCUGCGGGGUCCCAGCUCCCGACAGCAUCGGCCUCGUCCGCUCCAAGUGCGACAGCUGCUGCGACGAAGAGGACCACGAGCACGAGGGCGAGCACGAGGGCGAGCACGAGGGCGAGCACGAGGGCGAGCACGAGGGCGAGCAGGACCACUCGCACCUGCACCCCCCGACGCAGGCGAGCGGCGGCUCCCCGCUGGCGCGCGGCUUCCCACGCACCCCGUUCUCGGCGCUGCCGGACCCCUUCUCGCCGGGGCCUGGAGCGUCGUCGGCACAGGGAGGCGACAUCAAGUUUGACUUCCCCGAUGGAGGUGGAGGAGGACGCAACCUGACCAGGGACAGCAGCGUUAGCGGCCCCAUCACGCCCAAGAUCGCCAUGUUGACGCACGCAGAGUCGCGGACGCCCAUGGGGCUCGUGCGAAACCACGCCUACUCCAUCACGGGCUUGGACGAGGUGAAGCAUCGCAGCAAGAUCGUGCAGCUGGUCCGACUGCGAAACCCAUGGGGUCACGUGGAGUGGAUCGGGCCGUGGAGCGACGCCUCCAAGGAGUGGAAUGAAAUCACGCCAUCGGAGAAGCAGCGCCUUCAACUCAUCAGCGCUGAGGACGGGGAGUUCUGGAUAUCCUUCCAGGACUUCUGCCGCAACUUCACCAAGCUGGAGAUCUGCAAUCUGUCGCCGGACGCGCUCGCCGACGACCGCACCAACAAGUGGACGGUGUCGGUCAGCGAGGGCCGCUGGGUGCGUGGCUGCUCGGCGGGCGGCUGCCGGAACUACCCGGAUACCUUCUGGACGAACCCCCAGUAUCGACUGCAGCUCUACGACGAAGACGAUGACCCCGACGACAACGAGCUGCUGUGCUCCUUCAUCGUCGCGCUCAUGCAGAAGAACCGACGCAAGGAGCGCAGGCAGGGCAGCACCAUGCUCACCAUCGGAUUCGCCAUUUACGAGGUGACCGAGGAGCUGCGUGGCAGCCGGGAGCACCUGCCCAAGGACUUCUUCCUGUACAACGCGUCGCGCGCGCGUUGCAACUCCUACAUCAACCUGCGCGAGGUGACGGAGCGGUUCCGUCUGCCGCCCGGCGAGUACGUCAUCGUGCCGUCCACCUUCGAGGCGCACCAGGAGGGAGAGUUCCUGCUGCGCGUCUUCGCCGAGAAGCACAACGUGUCGGAGGAAAUGGACGACAUCAUUGGCGUGGUUGGUGGCAAGAAGAAGAAGAAGAGCAAGAAGAAGAAAAAUAAGCCAAUCGUCUUUAUCUCGGACAGAACUAAGAAAGGGCAGCAACAGCCGGAAUCUCCUGACGAGAGCGAGCCAGAAGAUGGAAACGAGGAGUCAAAUAAGUUGGCUGAACCUGAAAAUCCAAAGGAACCAGACCUGACCCCAGAGGAUAAGCAGUUCAAGACAAUCUUCAAGCAGCUGGCCGGAGACGACAUGGAGGUCGGUGCUGCCGACUUACAUAACAUUCUCAACAAAGUCAUAACCAAACACAAAGACCUGAAGACGAGCGGCUUUAGCCUGGAGAGCUGCAGGACAAUGGUGGCACUCAUGGAUACGGACCUUUCAGGAAAACUGGGCUACAAUGACUUUAAAUAUCUCUGGGAUAAGCUCAAGUUCUGGCAGCAAAUAUUUCGCAAGUACGAUUCGGACAAAUCUGGUUCCAUGACUUCCUACGAGAUGCGCUUGGCCAUCAAUGAGGCCGGCUACCAGCUGAACAACCAGCUCUACCAAAUAAUCACGCUGCGUCACGCCGACGAGAACUUGAACAUUGGCUUCGACAACUUCAUCGCCUGUCUCAUAAGGCUCGAGGCGAUGUUCCGAGCAUUCAAGGCCUUUGAUAAGGAUGGGGAUGGCAUUAUACGUCUCAAUGUUUUGGAGUGGCUCCAGCUGACAAUGUACGCGUAAGAAGAGAUCGAAGUGUGUGGCCGAACCACAGACAUGCAAUGAGUGAACAAAGAAGGCUCAAAGUAGAGAGGAACGUGACCUUGGGAACUUACGUGGCAUUCAUCAUAGUUCUAUCGGUGUGCGAAUGCAUUCAUGUUUAUCUUGUUUCAAAACAACAAUGCUCACAACCAAAGUCACGUCUCUCUGUUCAAUGAUGUAUUUUCACGUAGCAGCAUGCUGUGAAUAUACCUUUCGGAGUAUUUGGUCUGUGUGAAGAAUCUUCAGGGCCUCGCUGCUGUCGGUAGUUUAUGCAAAGGCUAUCGUCGCAAGAGGUCACACGUUUGAGCACAAUGGUCCAUCGCUGACUAUGCGUGAUGAAUGAAGAAUCUUCACUUGUAGGUACCAUUGUAGAAAAAUGAAAUGCAAAUGGAAGCUUGUAAUGUACGUAUGUAUAUUGAACUUCUUUCGCACCGUACGUAGCCAACCGUGCCCUACCUUUUUGUACUAAAGUGCAAGGAGGUUUAUUGCAUGAUCCAACUUGCUAGCAGCCUAAAAUUGACAGAAUUUAAUUUCGGAGCAUGUGUCAUAUUGUAGCCGAGUAAUUGUGGUUGCAUAUCUUGUGUGCGAUGCAGCAUCUAUCAUGGUCACUGUAAUACAGUUUGUAUUGUAAAACAUCAUGGUGAUACGGAGGUUUUUCUGUUUCCCAUAAAUAGAAAAUAAAAAAUUCAAACUACAAA